AUGUUGUCAGGCGUUCUGGUCUUCAACCAAAAGGGCGAGAACCUUAUCUUCCGCGCCUUCCGGAACAACUGUCGUCCUCGCCUCGCCGACGUCUUUCGCAUCCAGGUCAUCUCCAACGCCCAAGUUCGAUCGCCAAUCCUCACCCUCGGAAGCACAACGUUCAGCCAUGUCAAGCAUGAGAACAUCUACCUCGUCGCCAUCACAAAGAGCAAUGCCAAUGCCGCUCUUGUGUUUGAGUUCCUCUACAGGCUGAUUCAGCUGGGCAAGGGUUACUUUGGCAAGUUUGAUGAGGAGGCUGUCAAGAAUAACUUUGUCUUGGUAUAUGAGCUCCUAGACGAAAUUAUCGACUUUGGAUACCCUCAAAAUACAGAAACCGACACCCUCAAGAUGUACAUCACCACCGAAGGCGUCAAGUCCGAGACCCGCCCCGAAAACACCUCCAAGAUCACGAUGCAAGCCACCGGAGCCCUCUCCUGGCGCAAGGCAGACGUAAAGUACCGUAAGAAUGAGGCUUUCGUCGACGUGAUCGAGGACGUCAACCUGCUCAUGUCCGCUACCGGCGCUGUCCUGCGCGCAGACGUUACGGGCCAGAUUAUUAUGCGCGCUUACCUUUCCGGCACGCCCGAGUGUAAAUUUGGCCUUAACGAUCGUCUACUUCUCGAUAAUGAUGGCUUGCUGAGCCUCCCAAGCGGAAAUAAGAUGGGUACCAAGGCGACAAAGGCAGCAGCUGGUAGUGUCAGUCUUGAGGAUUGUCAAUUCCACCAGUGUGUCAAGCUGGGUAAAUUCGACGCCGACCGUAUCAUCAGCUUCGUUCCUCCCGACGGUGAAUUCGAGCUCAUGCGAUAUCGCGCAACUGAAAACGUCAACCUUCCGUUCAAGGUACACGCCAUCGUCAACGAAGUCGGUCGCUCAAAGGUGGAAUACAGUAUCGGUGUCAAGGCCAACUUCGGCUCCAAGCUCUUCGCCACAAACGUCGUCGUCAAGAUCCCCACGCCUCUGAACACCGCAAAGAUCACCGAGCGCUGCACACAGGGCAAGGCCAAGUACGAGCCUAGUGAGAACAACAUCGUGUGGAAGAUCGGUCGCUUCACCGGCCAGAGCGAGUACGUGCUCAGCGCCGAGGCUAUUCUGACGAGCAUGACGAACCAGCGGGCAUGGAGUCGACCGCCGCUGAGCAUGAACUUUAGCUUGCUCAUGUUUACGAGUUCAGGACUGUUGGUACGAUAUCUUAAAGUGUUUGAGAAGAGUAAUUAUUCGAGUGUCAAGUGGGUGCGGUACAUGACGAGAGCAGGAUCAUACGAAAUAAGGUGA